ACGACCACAAAAUAAUGAAGAAGAGUGCCGCUGCGUGAGGAAACUCGUUCGGGUCCGGAGAACGCUCCCGUCAAUCACCAGAGAAUGCCGAACGAGAAGAAAGAGCCUGUUAUUGCGCCUGUCGCCGAUUCCGGAACGACAGAUCAGGAUGCACCAUUCAAAGUUGGCGAGCAGUACAUGGUGCGAAGAGCGGAUAAUACCUGGCAAUCUGCGGAAAUAAUCCAAGUUCGGAAGGCGUCGUCUAGUGAAUACGAGUAUUAUGUACAUUACAAAGGCUUCAAUCGCCGCCUCGAUGAAUGGAUCGAGAGGGACCGGAUAUCACUCUCGUCGGAAGCUAUCGCCGAAGCUGACAUCGUGCCUAAUCCGGUCGACCAGAUCGAACAAUCAGACAGGAAAAUCACCCGCAAUCAAAAAAGGCGUCACGAUGAGAUCAAUCAUGUCCAAAAAACCUACGCAGAAAUGGACCCGACGACAGCGGCCCUAGAAAAAGAACACGAAGCGCUCACAAAGGUCAAAUACAUUGACAAAAUCCAAUUUGGGAAAUACGAAAUCGACGCCUGGUAUUUCUCCCCGUACCCGGACGAGUACGGCAAACAAACGAAACUCUGGAUUUGUGAAUACUGCCUGAAAUACAUGCGCUUCGAGAAGACCUACCGAAAUCACGUCUUGGAAUGCUUUUGGAAAACCCCACCGGGCCGCGAGAUCUAUCGCAAAGGAACGAUAUCGCUCUUCGAAGUCGACGGCAAAGAUUCGAAAGUUUAUGCCCAAUGCUUGUGUUUGUUGGCGAAACUUUUUCUGGAUCACAAAACGCUGUACUUCGACGUUGAGCCGUUCAUGUUUUAUGUUUUGUGCGACGUUGACAAAGAGGGAGCGCACAUCGUUGGGUAUUUUUCCAAGGAGAAGGAAAGCCCUGACGGCAACAACGUGGCCUGCAUCCUAACUCUACCCCCGUAUCAGCGGAAAGGUUACGGGAAGUUCCUGAUUGCGUUCUCUUAUGAAUUAUCCAAGCUCGAAAGCGUGGUGGGUUCCCCCGAGAAACCUCUGUCAGAUUUGGGCAAAUUGAGCUACCGUUCGUAUUGGUCUUGGGUACUCCUCGAGCUUAUGAAGGACUCGACCACACGACUUUCUAUCAAAGAUCUUUCACAGCUGAGUUCGAUCGCCCAUGGCGAUAUCGUAUCUACGCUGCAAAAUCUGAACAUGGUCAAAUACUGGAAAGGACAGCAUGUGAUUUGCGUCACUUCGAAAGUUGUUGAAGAGCAUCUGAAGAGCGCUGAAUAUAAGAAACCGAGAUUGACCGUCGACGGAUCGUUUCUCAAAUGGAGUCCACCUAUCAGGAAACAUUCACUGAAGAAUCGAAAGCUUUGAGUGCACAAAGAACAUCCCCUAUCCCCCUGCUUUUCAUCCCCAUCCUCUCUCCCUCAUUUCCUGACCCACGGUAUCCCGUCCCCCGAAUUUCAAUGCUGAAAAAGCCUCGGCAGACGAGAUGUCUGCCUUCUCUGUACAUUAUCUGGCAUUAUCUUCGGGACCCGGUGAAAUUUUACGUACAAGCGGUCGGAAUCGUUAUCUUGGGAAAACCUCGACGGUGUCUCGUAUACAUCGUACAAGAUCUGAAACUGAAGUACGUGUCCGGGCCACGGAUCUCAGCGCGGGAAAUGGUUUUUGAUGAGGU